AUGAGGUUCUCGUCCGUCGACAUCGCCACCUGUCGCUUCCUGCAAUGCCAGGCAGUAUUUGUUUUCCAGACCAAGCUCGACCCAUCGCAGCUGGAAGAAGCCUUCCAGCGACUCCUCAUGGAGUGGCCAGAUCUUCGAGCCCGCGUCAACCUGCAGUGGACCGGGUCCUGCCCAUCAGCCGACACGGCGGGACAUUGGCAGUCGCGAGUGAUAGACGCACCGCUAAGGGACUGUGUCUCGCUCGACCAGAUGACGGAGCAGGAGCUAGAGCCAUCCGAAUACGCGCGCUUGGAGCAGCUCUUUCGGUUCGGUUGGUCGCUCCGCUCGCUGUUGUUCCCGCCGGUUCUUCGAGUGAAAGCGGUUCAUUUUCGGGAUGGCUGUAUUCUGAAGUUUAUUCUCCAGCAUGUCUUCAGCGACACAAGCGGUCUUUAUAGGAUCCUCUCCGCCUACACCGCAAUCCUGCGGGGCGAGACCAUCGACCCAAUCGUGGAAGAACCGCGACCGAGCAAGAUCGUAUUCAAGCCCCCCGAGGAGACGAGCAGUGCGCUCUACACGCAUGAACCGCUCGGGAGCCGGCUGCACGAGUCGACAACCAAGCACUGGGCCUCCGGAUGGCUGGGCAAUAUCAUCUUUGCCCUCUGGCACUGGCUGGUCCGCGCCACCUUUGCAUACAAGCCUCGUGCGCGUCGCGCCAUGCACAUCCCCGGUGCGGCGGUAGAUCGCCUCCACGAUCGUGCAGCCCAGCAGGGGCUCGCGGUGACGCGACACGAUCUCGUCAUGGCCAUCAUAGCUCAGGCCGCUCUGCAAGCAUACCCCCACCUGCACCCGGCAGCGAUCGCAUUCGUCUACAACUUCCGCAGACACCUCGACCAACCCGUGCAACUCCAAAAUACCUCAUGGCUAGUCUCGAUCCCUCUCCCGACGCGGCCAAACAAGCCCAUCAUGCUUGACGAUAGCGAUGACGACGACGACGAGGAGGAAGAUGAAGACGAUCGACUCCUGAUGCUAGCGUCCUGCGUCCGCGACGCCGUCAGAACAGUCCGCACCCCGGAGUGCCUGGAGCUCUUCCGCCAAGCUCACACAGCCAUGGGACCGUGGCGGCCCUUCCGGCCGGCCCUGCGGCACCCGAACCACCCGAACACUCUCGUCUCGUCGUCUUCCCAGCUACCGUGGUACAGUCUCUGCUUCGGCGGCGGGCCCGAGACCAGGCCGUUAUACGCGAGCAUGGCUAUCGGCUUGGUCGAUCUCUGGGGGUUUAUCGGGCUGAGUGUCCAUGACUGGAUUCUGACGAGUAAGGAUCGCGAGGACCGCGGGUAUUUUCUGUAUGGGUCGUUGCAUGUGGAGCAUUGGGCGCAGUUGAGGCGGGGUUGUGCGCGGUUGGUGGGUGGGUGA